AUGUUCAUACCUGUAAGUUGACCCAUUUUCUGACCCUUUCUGAAAUUUUUUUCCAGAAAGACAGAGCAUCGGUGCUGCAGCUUCCAAAACAUGACAAAGAGUCGCAAGAAGCUGAAGUCCGAUCGAUCGUGGCGAACAGAGAUCGGAAGUUGAUAGCCGUAGCGACGAACGACGCCGUUUACAUUUGGCUUGCAAAUGUGGCUGACUUCCACUCUUCAAAACAAUCCUUCUUUCAUUUCAGCCGCCCUUCUGCUAUGUUCCAUUGGAGUUAUCGAUCAGACAUUCGUUGAGUCAUAUGGAGAACUGAGACAAGUGUACUGGAAGCCUGAUUCGAGUACAAUCGCUGUGACUGUAAGUUUUUUGUCGGAACACUGAUAAAAAAAAGCGGAACGAAGGUUUUCAGACAAACCAAAGCAAGAUCUUGAUCUACAAGCUUGAGCUUCGGGACCAUGAGCAGUGCUACAACUUCACGGAUUCAGCAGAUCCCUACUUUCAACGGAAUUCGCCCGAACUGUUCAUAAAAGGGAACCGACCCGUGGCACACCUUCAUCCGACGAUCAUCAUCAAUCUGGCAGAUGUUCCCACGUGGUAUCUUUCCAUUUCUAUGUCUCCUCAGCUUUUCCAAUCCUCCGUUUUCAGCUGUGUUCCUUCGCGUGACGAAUUCAUAGUUUGUCUGCGCAACGGCUUCACCCAUCACGUCACGUGGACCGGCGAAAUCAUUGCCAAUCUUUCGUUCCGUGCCAGUGCUAUUCCGUUCUCUGCCGAUCAAUUGCAAUCAAAAUCCGAAAAUGUCGCAUCAAAAUCCACGUACAUCGUCGACGCCGUCUACGCCCCUCUUCUCGGCGGCUUUUCAAUUGUUCUCUCCGACGGACAAGGUGCUCUUCUCACUUCGAAUGAUCCUAAUUUUGCUCCGAAUGCAAUUCUCGGAGUGUGGGCUCCCAACCUGAAAGAUGCCACGUGUUGUGAUGUCAAUCACAAGUUCCUUCUCAUAAUUUUCGGUUGCAGAAAGUAUGUUUUAUGUUCCCUCUUGUAUUUCAACUCAUAUUUCUCUUCAGCGGAGAAGUUUGCGCGUACAACAUAGACGAGUUGAAUGGAUCUUUGGUGCAGUCGUUCCGGGUCGCUCCGAAAGUUACGAAUGGUCCCGAUUUGACAAACCGCCUCGGUCCUGUUUACAAAAUAACGGCGCUCACAAGUGGAUACGGAUUCGCAGCAGUUUGGGCACCCAAAAAAAUGAACCCGAAUUCAUCGACAGAAGUUCAUGCUCUGCCUCGUCUCAUGGCUGUUUUCACCCCGUUCGGCGCACAAUCCUUCUGUAAUCUAGAAGGCGUCGUCGAUGACUAUUCAGCGGAUCAUGACGAGCAGGAUAUGUACACGGCUGUGGAAUGGGGGCCGGAAGGAUAUCAGUUAUGGCUCGGGACAAGAAAAGAGUUCAGCAUGCACCCCUUCAUCAGAAGUGCCUCCUGCUCAAGUCCUAUAAUGGAACACUGCGAUCGUGCAGUUCUCAUGAGUGAUUCGCAAGUGUUAAUCAGUGCUGCACGGGACAGGGAGGCUGAUGCAUGUGCUCCACAUUCCGUUUGGGAUCACAUUACGGUCGCUCACGAGUACUUGUCUUCUAAUUGGCCACUCCGGGUAAGCAACUGCUCCCUUCUAUCUAUUGAGCACAAUUUUCCUUUCAGUACGCUUCCACAGACCGAAAUUACAACCAUUUGGUGGUCGCCGGUGAUCAAGGAAUGGCCUACUGCUCGCUGAGCACUCGUAGGUGGAAGAUCUUUGGGAAUGAGUCGCAAGAGAAGAAUCUUCUUGUGACUGGCGGCAUUUUCAUCUGGAACGAUGCUGUCAUCGGAGUGGUCGGAGUGUAUGCGGACACCGACAAGUCGCACCUCUCCUUCUUUCCCAUUUCACAACGCCUUGACAAUCGAUUCGCCUCUGUCAUUGAACUCGAGAACAAAUCGGUCAUGUCUGCCCUGAGGUCCGUUCUGUGAUGCUGAUCUUUUCGAAUUCUUCUUUGUUUUCAGAGACGAUGUUUGCGCAGUGUUUGAUAUUUCCGCCCAGAUCACUCUUUAUAAACUAACGGCUCAUCUCGAAUCGGGCCGAGAUGCAUUCACAAAAGUAUCCGGAGACAUUGUCACCGUUAUCCGAAUCAACGAAAUCGUUCCUCAUCCGACAUGCAUCGUGUCUCUACAGAUGACCCAGUUGAACCUGGACGUUCGUGGGAAGCUGCCUCCAACAUUCUUCGCGAGUAUUGACACUGUUCUCGUGAAUAUUGCCGGAAGACUGCUCACUCUUAGUCUGAAUGAAGACGGAAAGGUAUCCCUCCGCUUCCGAUUCCCUCUGCAAUUCCCAAUUCCUCGUUCAGCUCCAUCAGCCUAUGGUAAUUGCGUCGUACGUGGAAAGGAUGUGGCAUGAUCGGUGCAUUGUCUCUCAGACUUCUCUUCAACAGAGCCUCGAACCCAUUUGGACUGGCCAUCGGAGGAACGGAUCUAACGUAUCCGUUAGGAGUGUCUCUACGGCUUCUGAGCCUCCUCGCCGCUUGCUCAGUCGUCAUCCCAUCUGAGCAAUGCUCUUUGGAUUGCUUGCGGAGCCAAAGGAAUUCGGGUUUGGAUGCCACUGGUUCCAGGAAAACGGAACACGACAACUCAAGAGAUGACAUUCAUAGCCAAGCGGAUCAUGCUCCCAUUCGAACUCGACAUAUAUCCGAUUGUGAUCAGUGCGAGAGACUGUCUUGCCGUGGGCGUCGAAAGUCAGUUACAACACGUCGCUAGAGCUUCCCGGAACGGACAAAUGGCGAGCAUUUCGAUGUAUGGACUCCAUCGAAACAGCGAAGUGUUCGUCCAUCAUCUUCUCCGCCAACUUCUUAAACGGAAUCUCGGCGUCUUCGCCCUCGAACUCGCCGGGGCGUGCCGUUCUCUUCCUCAUUUCUGCCACGCUCUUGAACUUUUACUCCACGGAGUUCUGGAAGAAGAAGCGACGAGCAGCGAGCCCAUCCCCGACCCGCUGCUUCCCCGAUGCGUCGCAUUCAUUCAUGAAUUUCCCGAGUUUCUGAUGACAAUUGCUCAUUGCGCCCGUAAAACGGAACUUGCCCUUUGGAGAACUCUCUUCGAUGUGACCGGCUCACCGAACGCUCUUUUCGAGGAGUGUCUUCAGCUGAAACAACUGGAGAACGCUGCCAGUUUCGUGAUAGUUCUUCAGAAUUUGGAGACGACGGAAGUGAGCAUGGAGCAGGCGGCGAGGCUGGUUCGAGAAGCGCUUGCCGAGAAGAAGUGGACGAUCGCCCAGGAAAUGGUUCGAUUUGCCAGAUCCAUCGGCUCCGAAGAUAUAGACGCUUUGUAAGAAAAUAGUCCCGAUUAGUUCAUUUGGAAACGUGAUAUUUCAGAACUCCGCCUCCAAGUGCAAAGACUUCGCUGUCCCGCCGACCGACGGUAUCCUCUCCUUCAGCCGAAUCUUCCAAUGAAUUCGUCAUCAACCGAUUCCAAGCAGGAGCAGCCGGAAGGCUGAGCAAAGUGAGACAUUCGCAGAGCACGGAUCAGAAGGAAACGCAGCGGAAGGACUCGUUCGGUAGUUCAAAAGAGAAAACGUCACUGUCAAGGGUAUUAAUACGUUUCUGAUUCUUCCAUCUCCAUUUAGUUGCAGGGAAUGUCCGGUGAAAUGUCUCCCCCGUUGACUGUCAAUCGAUUGGCUGCAAAGAUGACGGUAAUCUUGGAAGAGCACGCGUGGCACCUUCUCAACAAUUACUGGCUUCUCGAUCUCGGCUUUUUCUGGUCUGAACUUCAGUUUGACCUGCCUGGGCUUCUCGAGAUUCGCCGGAAACAAGUGUCGCUUUCUCCAAAGUCCACCAACGAAAACUGCUAUCUUAUUGCGGACUUUUCUCUCGCUCUCACCCGACUCCAUGCUCAGUUCUCUUGGCCUUAUCCGGUCAUCGGAUCACAGUUUGUCCACCAAAUCGAGAAGAAACUCGGGAACAUCCGAGUCAGUCAGAGCACCGCCAGUCUGAAUGGACUUGUUGCCAACGAAGCUGCUGAAACUUCGAAGCCGAAAGACAGAAAAACCGAAAAGACUGUGGUUGAUUUGAACGGAGCACAGCCGAUUCGAGAGAAUGACAAUGAGAACAGCGAAGAAGAAGUGGAAAUCGAAGAAGCGCUGCUGGAAAGAGUGCGAGGAAGUGCUUCAGAACUGGUCCCGAUUCUCGACCGUUCGCCCUCCACUUCCUCCACAAUAAAUCCACUUUCUCCGACGGCUCCGGCUCCAGUCACUCCAUCCUCUUGUGACUCUCGCAGUCUGGCUGGGGACUGGCAGAACACUGACUUCCUCGUCGGCGCCAAGUCUUCACGUGGAAACAUUGAGAGCAGCCGACAGAUCGAGCUUCUGCUCUACCUUUUCUCACAAACUGCCGCCAUCGAUUGGGUCUUCUUGCUCUGCUUGAUCAGCCGCGACGAGCGGAAACUUCGGCAGGAAAUCAAUGUUUCAAUGGUGCGUAGAGCCGGAGAGAAGAGCUUCGCGCGAAUUCGGUUCGCAUGCACUGAACUCGGAAGAUGGGCGGUCGAGAAGUGCUGUGGGUACGUGGCGCUUCUACAGUCGUUCGAUGCUCAUUUGGCAGUUGUUGCCGAGCAGGUAGGAAUAGCCGAUAUGAAGUUCUUUCCGAACGGAAAAGAACGGAGAGACUCGGCAGAAUCGAAGAAAGACGAGCGUGGGCGUCGGUCGUCAUUCUCGAAGAAUGUAAUGAACGGAGGACGGAGAGAACGGAGUCGCAGUGCCGACAGAGCACACAAAUCAGUAAAGAGGUAACAGCGAAAACAUCAUUAGCUCAAAAUUUUCUGAAUUUUCAGGUAUGACGACGUCGUUUGUGCAGAAGACGCUCUCGCGAAGGCCGACGAAGAAGGCUGCUCGAUCAUGUAG